AGGUGCAAAACCCAUCGACUAUACGGUUACCUGCACGCCCACACCCGCGCACGCUUCCUCCCAUCUUCCUCCGUACGACCUUCACCACCACUCUCCUCUCUAAAUACCUGUCGAACCGUCGACUCUCACACAAUACUCACUGCCAUCGCGACGGUUGACCACAAAAUUCCAAGAUGGAUCGUUCGCACGCCGGCCAGCAGCGGGCGGACGCUGCGACGGUCGACACCGACCAGCUGGCACACGAAAUGACAGAACGCUUCCGACAGGUUCUCAGCACCCGACGAAUGAACGAACUCACCUCCCGCGCUGUACAAUCACGACCAGCAUCGCCAGCACCUCGAGACUUCGGCACACCUCAACCCCCAACUGCACAGCAUGCUCCCCCAUCCUACUCUUCACUCCGAAACAUUCCCCUGGAACCACAGGCACCGCAGGACGCCCGCUCGAUGCGAUUCAAGAACAUGCUCCAUUCGCUUUCCAACAUGCCCAUCCGGUGGGAAAAUCCCGGUCUGCUCGAUGAAGCCCUGCGAGUCGUGCCAUUGGAACAGAUCUACAACGAGGCCGAGGAAGAAUCACAGAUCCUGCAGGCCGAAGCCGAAAGCCUGGGUGCCGGAAAGAAGGCUGCUUGGGGAUAUCAAGACUGCGUCGUCCGAGCUCUGAUGCGAUGGUUCAAGCGAUCGUUUUUCUCCUGGGUGAACAACCCUCCUUGUGCGCGCUGCUACUCCCCAACCAUCGGCGUCGGCAUGGCUGCUCCUCUUCCCGAUGAGCAGGCGCGCGGUGCAAACCAGGUCGAACUCUACAAGUGCUCGCUCGAACAGUGCGGAGCCUUCGAGCGAUACCCCCGAUACAACGACGCCUUCGUCCUCCUCCAGACUCGACGGGGUCGCUGUGGCGAAUGGGCGAACUGCUUCAGCAUGCUCUGUCGCGCUGUCGGAUCGCGAGUUCGCUGGGUCUGGAACAGCGAGGACCACGUCUGGACGGAGGUCUACUCCGUUCACCGCAAGCGCUGGGUGCACGUUGACGUCUGCGAGGAAAGCUGGGACAAGCCCAUGCUCUACACCAAAGGUUGGGGGAAGAAGCUCGCCUAUUGCAUCGCGUUUUCCGUCGACGGUGCCAUGGAUGUCACUCGCCGCUACGUGCGCGACCCAGCAAAGCACGGCUUGGAACGCAACAGGACGCCAGAGGCCGUGCUCCUCUACAUCAUGAACGAGAUUCGCGCCAUGCGACGAACCAACAUGUCCAAGCAGGACAAGUUCCGCCUCCAGGGCGAGGACAUGCGCGAGGAUAAAGAACUCUGCGGCUACUUCAUCUCUUCCAUUGCCCACGAGAUGAGCAAGCUCAGCGCAGACGACAUCGUCGCCGGACGAGUUGCCCGAAGGCCCGACCCGGAUGCACAGAAGGCAUUGGAGGGCCGUACCAGCGGCAACUCGCAAUGGAUCCGGUCCCGCGGCGAAGGAGGCCAGAACACCCCAGGACAACAAGAUCCUCGUAAUCAACACCCACGAUGAACGCAUCACAUAUGCAAAUCGACUCUGUUCAUAGUCCAUUCUUUCCGGUCGAUCCGAUACGUAUCGGCCCCCACCAUUCGAGGCAGACGAGCUUCGGCUCGCAAUGAUCAUUGCAGCUCCGCACUCAUACCCAUCACAUAUUCUCAUCGCGAUGGAGCCGGAUGGUACUCACCAAACCCGCGACAUUUGCGCUUGUAAUCAUAGCAUCAGGACCU